AUGGCCAAGCCCUCUCCCCCGUCUGGUGUGUGCGAGAAGUUGAAACAGGUGACAGCGCGGCUCUCUGGUCUGCAACAAUAUCCCCCAAAGGAGAGUGGGUUUAAUGGAAAUGUUGGAUUAGCAGCAGACACGGGUGCGGUGGUGGGGUUGGGCGCAGCAGCAGCAGCAGCAGCAGCAGCAGAAGCAGCAGCAGCAGCAGCAGCAGCAGCAGCAGCAGGGGUGGCCUUGGCUGCAGCUGCUGCAGCAGCUGCUGCUGCAUGCAUCGAAGUAGCAGAAGCGACAGCAACAGCAGCAGCAACAGCAACAGCAGCAGCAGCAGCAGCAGCAGCAGCAGCAUGUCGGCAGCAGCAGCGGAGGAGGGGUCUUCCUCCCGCCGCAGGCGUCGAGGAUGGGACGAUGAGGAGGGUGACUCUGAAGCAGCAGCAGCAGCAGCAGCAGGACAUCAGCAGCAGCAGCAGCAGCAGCAGCAGCAGGGUUUCUCUUCUGGCUACACCGAAGACAGCGACAGAAACGGCAGCAGCAGCAGCAGCAGCAGCAGCAGACGUCGUCGUAUAG